GUACGGCGGAAGUGCAGUCAGGAACUCUCGGGAAGAUGGCGGCCUUGGCCUGGCCACAAGUUUGCCGGAAGGUUCUUUGACCAGAAGGUGAUCAUGGCCACACGAAGCGGGACGGAUACAGACCAAGCUUAAGGGACAGAGUCGGGGACACAAGCAGCCUUAGACUCCCAAGACUCUCUAGUCCUCCUGAGCUCUGCCCUCGGAUGUCCAACCGUCCAGAGCCUGCAUGCGCCGUGGGGCGCCCCAGGACCAGGAGCUGGUGGGUCCGGGGGCCCCUGGGCGGGGGUCCCGGGGAGCCCCUCCUCCCUCAGGACCCGUUGUCCCGGUGCUUGUCUUUCCCCCGGAUCUAGUAUUCAGGGCGGACCAAAGGAGUGGACCCCGGCAGUUGCUGACCCUCUACAACCCCACUGGAACUGCACUUCGCUUCCGAGUCCUGUGUACAGCACCUGCCAAAUACACAGUGUUUGAUGCAGAAGGAUUUGUGAAGCCUCAGUCUUGCAUUGACAUUGUGAUUCGACAUGUGGCCCCCAUCCCCAGCCACUAUGAUGUCCAGGACCGAUUCCGCAUUGAGCUGUCUGAAGAAGGAGUGGAGGGUCGAGUGGUGGGACGUAAAGACAUCACUUCUGUUCUGAGGGCCCCAGCGCGCCCCCUUGAGAUUCAGGGGCAGCCAGAGCCAACACCCAGCCCAGCACCUCCUGUCUGGACAGCACCAUCCCCAGCCAGACAUCUCCAGGAGAAUGCCCCCCAGCAGCUGGCCACCAGCUCCUUCUUCCUCUUCUUGCUUGCGGGCAUUGUCUCUGUGGCCUUCCUGCUUCUGCCACUGCAGGAUGACCUGGGCAGCCAGCUGCCUCAAGUCCUGCAUGUGUCCCUGGGACAGAAGCUAGUGGCUGCUUACGUCUUAGGUCUCCUCACCAUGGUUUUCCUACGGACCUGAGCUCACUCUCUCCUUCUCAGGCAGGGACCUGAAGCAACUACUGUGAUGCUUGUAUGUUGCCCCAUCUCUUCCUUUUCUUCCUGGCCAUCUUCCAUUUGCCCCCAACCAAGAAAAAUACCCAGGGAUUUGUACUCAUUUUCCAAGUUAAAUAAAAUAAAUUUAAAAAAUCAAA